GCUUGGCUUGAUGCUCCACUCAGCUGGCGGAUUGCAGGGCUGCAGCAUAGAGUGUAGUUCAUUGGUUUCUGUUGGUGCAUGCAGGUUCUGGAGGAGUCGCUGGUGGAAUGCAAGGGUGGCAUAGUAGAGGAGGAGGCGGGGGGUAUAUGUGGAAUAAAUAUCUUUAAUGAAUGCUGCUUUCUGGCAGUCGAAUAGGGCGCAAACUUUUUUUUUUUCCUCCUAAUCUGUGUUAUUACUUCACCAGGUUUCACUGCAAUAUAAACCUAGUUAAUGUCUAACCUUUUUUUAAAUGUUGUGUAAUUGUGCUGUGAGUGUAUAUGCAGUGGCAUGUCAUUCCCUCUGUGCUGACCGGUGUGUUUGUGUGUUCGUUCUCUCUGUGCGUUGCAGGAGGGGGAUGUGCUGCUCAGGAUGGAGGAGCGGAUGAGGAAUGUCGAGCAGAAUCUCCGUAACGUCAAGCUGCUGCUUCAGGAGAAAGUCUCUCAGCUUAAGGAUCAGCUCCACAGGAACACCAAGGCAGACAAGAUGAUCAAGGACCUAUAUAUUGAGAACUCUCAGCUCCUCAAGGCUCUGGAGGUGACGGAGAAUCAGCAGAAAGUCACAGAGAAGAACAACUACCUGCUGGAGGAGAAGAUUUCCAGCCUGAACAAGAUUGUGAGGGACCUGAGUCCCUCGCCCGUCCCUGCCGUACCCUACCACUUCACUCGGUCCUAGCAUGACCCUACCACCAAUGUUCUAUCUGAAACCUUUAUCUAUACCACAACCCUGAACCUACAUCCCUCCUACUCCAAACUAUUAACUACCUCCAAUCACAGCACACCUGUACCUAGGAGUUUCUACAGACCUUAAUAGUUGUUUUGUUAUAUAUGUAUAUUUUUUUACUGACUAGUUGUUCCUUUUACAAAAAAAAAAAAAAAAAAAAACUUUU